UUCCGGUGGAGUAUAAAGCCGAAGCUGUGUGGUCUGAAAUUGAACAGUCUUCGAUACUCUAACCACUGGUAUUCACCUCCUCCUUCUUCUGCUGCGGCGUCGUUUAACUUUUCUCUAUCACUGUGAUUGGGAUUUGUUAUGAGGUUUUUGAGAAGGAUAGCUGGGUUCCUAGGGUUUGCGAAGGACGAUCACGACCUCCGCCAAGAACCCGAUGGCCAACCUGAACCUGCUACGAUGCCGUCGCGCGUGAGAGACACCGACCUUCCUCGGAAAGCCAAAGUGUUCGGCGUCGAUCGCGCUCCCAUCCUCGCCCCUUCUACCUCCGGCGACGGUGGUGUUCAGGGUCUGAGGUGGUAUGCAAAGCGUCUUAAGAUAGAUGAAGAUGGAGAUGUAGCGGAUGAGUUCCUUGAUGAGGUUUCUGCACAGACUUCGGCACUAACAGUAGAUCAUAAGAAAACGGUUGCAACCUUUAAACUCAAGUAUGCUACUAUUCCUGCCAAAGUGAUGACACAGGUCCUAUCAGAUGGUAAGCUUCAGCAGUGUGUGGAACACCAAGGAAGGUUACAGUGGGUAUAAAAAUCUUAUUAGAAAAUGACAAUGGCUAUUGAUUCUUUGGAUUCUGUGUGUUUAGUUAUUACGGAUAUGGUGGGGAUCUGCUUAUGUUUUAAACGUGGUUUACAUGAUGGUUCCUUUUAGCUUUUAAGGUAUGACUGGGAAUUGCUGCGUUUGGUGAAAGCAUGUGGAAGUCAGAAUGUACACCCUUGAAAAUGAGUUGCCACAUCUCAUAUUUGAGGUAUAUAUUCAAAGACUGUGUCAAGUAUUUAAGUCUAGUGGUCUUGUACUCUUGUAUUAGGGAACUGUGAUUGCAUUAUGUAGAAGGAUAGAUGUGCAGAAAGAGUAGAAAUUUGGUGGCAAUCUGUCAAAUAGAUUAUGUGGGGACAUUUAUUAGUUGACGCUUUUGAAGCAUUUUGUGGUUUCCUGUAAGUAUUGAAAUGUUGUGCAACCCGUGAUUUUGCUAAUUGUGAUUAUCUGUU